AUGCAGUCGCUGUGGAGAAGGCUCGACUACAGUGAUGGGCCGCUGGCCUUUCCGAGGGAGCCAACUCCAUUGGCGGCCCUGCCAAUGCCCGGAGGUUCGGACGUACUCUUGACGGUUGGCGGGUCCUCGUCGUCAACGGCUCGUGUCCAGGAAGUAAAAUCCUUGGCCUCGCAAGACUUCGAAGAGCUUGUGGCUGGUGGAGGCGAGGUUCCAGCAGACUGCUGGUCGGCUCCCCUCUCGGGAGGCGGCUUCGAGCGCUCCGUCCUCGCGUUUCCCCCGCGACCGCGCUUCGGCUACAGCCUGACGCCGCUGGACCAGACCGGUGGUCGCCUUCUUCUGUUUGGCGGCCACACUGGGCGUGCCGGAUCCGGCCGAUGCCUGGCAGAUCUCCACGUGAUCCAGCUGCAGAGCCCUUCAGCGAACACCGCUGCAAGCAAGGAAGCUCAGAUCACAAGGAAAGCCGACGCUGACUCUGGCUCCGAAAGUGAGGACGAGGACAUCUUUUUUGCUGCCAACUACCGGGCGGCCUGUGGG